CAGGUUCGCAAUUACGUGAACCAAUCGUCAUGGCUCGCUUCAAUAGAAGCUCGCUACCACACGCAGGCGGACUACAAAUCACUACCAAACUACCGGGCUAGAGACUAGCGCGUGUGUGUGUGAGUGGCUAUACGUUUAUGGAUUAUGCUUCCCAAUCCAGCUAUUUAGUUUCGUUAGGCACCAAUCUCGCACCGGUCAGGGCACCGUGCGCUGGAAGACGUAAAGCCCGUCGUUCCGCGAAAUAGGUAGUCCACCGCAACUGCAACCGGAACGUGCGAGUAGGAGAGGCCACUCGGCCACGAAUCUGGCCCGGCGGUUUCGCCUUCGUUCCACGCUAAUGGACGUUCGGCCGUAAAUAGGAUUAUGCAAAACCUGCGAAUUGCGCGAAGGCAUCGACACCGGGCCCUGCAUUGCCUGUGCAGUCCUUGGAAGCGAAGACCCGACGAGAAUCGGCCGAACGGAGCGACCCUAGCGGGUGACCGCGGGUGUUGCUAACGGUUUUGCGCGAACGGGCUCUCGUGCUCAGUUCGAUCCCGAAGAUAGACCGGACACUAUCGUCACCGUGGUGCUGCUUCCUGCUCUGGGGUUUCUUUGUAGUAGGUGUUUUGGGUCUCGCGACGCCUCACGCACACGGUGGAUGAAGGUUACAGUGGUAGCUGCGCUUUGUAAAGUGAGAUUAGCUCUGCUCUAACAGAUCUUCGGAGAUCCAUCGAGAGGAUUAUCAACAUCUGCUUGUAUCAUGCUGACAGACUAGUGGUUCAUCCUCUCCCAGAGUGAAUGUCCCAGUGUGCGAUCGCAGUUAAUUAGUGGCACCAAACUCAAGCCUCCUGUUCAGCAGUUCAAGCAGUCAGUAGGUCGCGAACAGGGGUACGAUUACAUCAGCCCGUAGGCCCGUGUUUUUUUUUCUUGCGUUCUCUGCCACCGGCCAACAGCACCGACCGCAAUGAAGCCCAAACCAAGAUGGUGGUACAAGUGAACGGGCAACCGGGGGUUCGCUGGUAGGUAGGUGGUUGGAUGGGGGGGGAGCGAAGAGGUGUGUGCGGAAGUUAGUGCAGCUGUAAACGAGGCGAAAACGCGACGACAAGGUUGUUUAUAUCACACACAGGCAGGGCAAAAAUCGAUGACGAUUAGUGCCGCAAAGGGCGGGGAGGACACACCGAAACACAAAGUACGGCCCAUCACCCCUACAGUGUCACCUCGCGCAACACGGGAGCACACCAACACAGGGCCACACAAAUUACAACAAUCAGCAUCAUUACUGGCGAACCAGAGACAAAAAGGCAAGAUUGUAGUGAGCUGGAGGUGUUUGUGUGUGUGUGUGCUGUUUUUGUUGGUAUUGGUGUGGGAUUGGACCUUGGAGAUUCUAAAGAUCUCUCCAACGAUCUCAAGGGAGUCGUCUUCUUGGUGUGAGGACGAUACGAAGCUCACCAAGUAAAGAUAUCCGGAAGUUUUUGUACUAUUCCCGUCCGACAACGCCACAGAAGGCUUUCGACCGGAUAUGGCGACCAGGGUAGCGGUGGUGAUUGGUUUGGUGUUGGCCAGCCUGAGACCGAUGGCAGUCGAUGGGAAGAGCUAUAGAAACUAUUCCGACAUCGGUGAGCUGUCCAAGAAUCAUGCGAGCUUAUCGCUAUCCGACAUACUGCCAACACACCAGAAAACGUACGACAAAAACCGUGCACCCAAGCUGCUAGGUCAACCGACCGUCGUCUACUUCCAUGUCACCGUCUUAUCGAUCGACUCCAUCAACGAGGAGUCCAUGACGUACGUGGCGGACAUCUUUUUGGCACAAAGCUGGCGUGAUCCGCGGUUACGGUUGCCGGAAAACAUGAGCGAAGAGUACCGGAUACUGGACGUGGACUGGCUGCACAGCAUCUGGCGGCCGGACUGUUUCUUCAAGAACGCGAAAAAGGUAACGUUUCACGAGAUGAGCAUACCGAACCACUACCUCUGGCUGUACCACGACAAGACGCUGCUGUACAUGUCCAAGCUGACGCUCGUGCUGUCCUGUGCGAUGAAGUUCGAGUCCUACCCGCACGAUACGCAGAUCUGUUCGAUGAUGAUCGAAAGUUGUAAGUAUGUGGGCGUGCUGUUGGGGAAGUAAGUUUUGGCGAAGCGUUGUCUGGUUGGUACGAUGGAAGGACUUUCGCAGAAAACAUUAAUGAGAUGUGGGGAGUUCCUGUACAUGUGAGAUCUCCAACAAGAAACAGUCAAUUGUAGGUAACAUGUAAGUAAUCUUGAAGACUUUUGUCAAGGCUAUGGUCUAUAUUCUGUAGCACUAGACAUCUGUAUCUGUUGCAUAUAGUAUUCCAUACAAAACCUUGAAGAGAUGUAUUUAAAGGUACUUCAAGGACUUGAGGUUGUAAGCUGUAAGUGUAUGAGCUGCAUGAGUACAUGAUCAGUUCCAGAGAUAAUUGCGGGGCUACUUUUUACUAGAACUGGUAGAGAUCAAUGAUGAGUAUCUUCUUGAUGAUGCCUUGGUCUAGUAGAGUAUAGCUAUAGUAGCAACAUUGAUAGUUUGCUGGAAUAUCUAGCUAUCCCUGUAAGAGCUUCGGUUUUCCUUUUCAAAUAAGUUGACUAUAUGCUAGCCACUUCCAACUAGCGAUUUAACUUCCGUAACUCUAUCAAAAACAUCAUCACCGAGUAGCUUGUCUUCAGCAUACUUCCAAAGGUUUCCCAGGACACUUCGACGAUAUCGCUGCCAUGAAAGGACAAGCUUCGCUGUGACACAAGCAACACAAUGCUCAUCGUGAUGCGGAACUGGCGUAAUGCACCCGGCUGACGCUUUCCAUGCUGCAACCAGGCAGGCCAGUCAUCAGUGUAAAGCGCCCAUCCGAUACGUUUGUUCUACGACAGAGACAGUGUUGAGGUGAGUGGAUUUUGGUCGAUUGCUUAACGCAAAGUCUGUUUACCGUAGCUUGCAGGUCUUCGACGAGUUUGCAGCAGUAGUACCACUCGAACACGAGCAGCACAGAGAAGAUGAGCACCGACAGCGAGACAAAGUCUAGACCGUUGUACGAGAUAAAGAAGGUAUCGAUGGCGAGUGACAGGAGUGCGGUGUAGUAUUGUACCGUGAUGGAGAAGCUGUGCACCCGAUGUACCUCCCGUAUGUGUCUGGAAGGAAGGAGUUGAGCUGGAUGAGGUGUUUUGAUGUGGGUUCACUAUGCUUCCGGGCACACUGUUGCCACGUACUUCACAACCUCACAGUGUUCCCGCACGCAGAUGCCAAGCUCACGAUUGAACGUUUCCCACAGCAAGCGUUGCCGAGCGUCGUCCUCUAUCGCACCCUGCAACACCUGCUCCUCCACACGCUUAAGCAGCCCCACGAACGCAAACUCCACCAGCAGAAACUCGGCCUGCAGCCCCGUAAGCAGCGUGUGCAUGCUCAGAAAGCUCGUCACGUACGCACCCAACCCGUUCAGCGUCAUCGGAUGCAUGAUGAUCUGCAGCGUCCACGCUAGCGGACGGUUCAUCUCCAUCAGAUACGGCGGCAUGCGGAAUAUAUCGUGCCACUGCAAAUCGGACGCUUCGUAAAUGAGAAAGUUUAUCAUGCCGUAUAUCAUCAGCCCGAUGAUCAGGAUGUUGUUGGUGCGAAACACACGCUGUCUCAAUCCUUGCGCUUUGGUGUGAUCGCGGAGAAAGCGCCGGGCGUUAAUGUAGCUACGGACGGGCUGUAGUUGAUUGUGUCGCAGCAGCAGCAGUAUGAAGCGGAACAUGAUGCUGGUAAGGGCGAACUGUCCACAGAGCAGACUUAGCGCGAGGUUCUUGUUGCGUUCGACGUACGCCGCAGCCCAGGUCCGAUACAGCCAGAUAGCGCACUGCGCCGGGAGCAGUAGCCGAUAGAGCAGGUACAGAGCCCGCAACCAGAGACGGUUGGUUUGAAGCUGUAUUCCUGGAAGGAAGAGGCGGGAUUUGGAGGAGUUAAAUCUAAGAUUCUAGCGAUAAAGAGGAAACCUACCAUUGAAGGCAUAGAGCCACUUGAGCAGUACAAAGUAGUCACUAUCUUGACGAAGAUCCAGAAUCGGUGAUAGCUUCCGCCGGAGAUAGCUCCAGAGCGUCAUUGAGGACAACCAGCUAGCACUGAAUGGUAAACGCUAAGUAAGGAAGACUCUGGUGGAUAUUGAUUUCUUAUAUACAGUAGCAGGUCUCUUGAAAUAUUUAUCAAGAAAAAUGUUUCCUGUAAGAACUUCGUUUAGUGAUGUCCAAAUUAGGGGGGUGAAAAGUUUGUUUGACUUGCGUGCUCUCCUGUUUCCAAACAAGCGGUGAAAACUUUGAUAAUUGACGUGAGUCAGCAACGUGCUGGCUGCAGUGAGAGUUAGUCAUACAGCCGUACAAUAAUUUAUGUUCCCCUGUUGCCAUAAGAACCUGCCAACUUUAAGGUCCUUAGUGACACUGCUCGGUGUAAUUGUUUCUCGUUUUCCAGUUCCACUAAUCAGUUGCGCGGUGUUUUAAAAAUUCCACACCGUAAUGAAUAUUCAACCCCGGGUUCAGUGGUAGAAAGCUGAAUCUUCAGCAGAUAAAUCAACACGCGCUGACAUGCCUGUAAUUUAUCCGUGAUCGAUGGAUGGAUGGUCCACCAGUGGUCGUUCCCGUGGCUGUGUGUUUUUCUUCUUCCGCUGCACACGCUACAAUAAAGUCUUUAAUUUACAGACUUCUUCCCGAUGCGCGAUCCACUGCACGUCGAUUAAUUGCCACCGCGAAUUGGCAAACUCCGGGGGCGAAGCUGCGUGUUUAAUUGCAGCCAAUGUUGAGGGGACAGCCCCGUCGGUGCAGCGUUUCGUGAAUAAUGAAGCCAUAAAAGUGUUAGCGCAGGGCAGCGUAGUACCAUCGCAUCAGCUGCCCACUCGCCGUUACCAGAUGAAGCGUUCAAUUUCCCCUGGUGCACUCGCGCUGACAACUCUUUGUUUGCGGUAGGCGUACUAUUAUUAUUCAUCUGGCGACUGGUGCACUAGGGUGCCUGCAGGAAGAAAUUUUGUUUGGAAAUUUAAUAGGCGCUUAGCAGGGCCGAUUAGUGCGCGCGUGAUUCUUCGCUUUGAUUUAUUCGAGGAACGAACGCUGGCUAGGCACAGACCAGGAAGUACCGGGAGCGUACGGGAGUGCGAACGAAUUCUUUGUCCAUGUUUAUGAGGAAUGUAACCUUGUAGGUGGUGGUGGUGGCAGCCCAUGUCUGACCAGGACAGAAAGUGAGAUUCAUUAGCUAUUGAAAUGUUCGCGAGAUAGGGACGAGUUGCGAAAAACGCGGAACAGUAAAGGAAACUGUAAAAUAUGACGCAGCGUCUACCGGUCUAGACGAGUUUGAGUUGUGUUUCGGGAGAAGACCUUCGAAAUCUGGUCGACUCAGUGUAAUGGAAGGUUUCCACGAAAAAUAAUGUUCUCCACGUGGAGAAUACGUUAUUAUGUGUAGAUUGUGUCCUUAAAAGCAAUUUAAUAAAGUACUUUCUCAUGUAAGACUAUUUUUUU